CGUAUUAAAUGCAGGAUACAGUGGAUAGGGCGGCAGAGCCCGAGUUUGAAGAUGAGGAGGAGCCCUCGUUUAGCGAUCCGGAAGAUUUCGCUGAUGACAUCGAUGAUGAGGAGUUGUUGGAGGACAUUUUGCGGGAGAAGCCCCUGGAGGCUGAUGGGAUAGACUCCGUGGUGGUAGUGGACAACGUUCCCCAGGUUGGCCCGGAACGCCUGGAAAAGCUGAAGAAUGUCAUUCACAAGAUUUUCUCUAAAUUUGGGAAAAUCACCAAUGAAUUCUACCCUGAGGUAGAUGGAAUGACCAAAGGGUACAUCUUUCUGGAAUAUGCCGCUCCUAACCAGGCCUUGGAGGCAGUGAAAAACGCAGAUGGAUACAAACUGGAUAAACAGCACACCUUUAGAGUCAAUGUUUUCACUGACUUUGAUAAAUACAUGAGCAUCAGCGAUGAGUGGGAGCCACCAGAGAAGCAACCAUUUAAGGACUUCGGCAACAUGCGUCACUGGAUCGAGGAUCCGGACUGUCGGGAUCAGUACAGUGUGAUCUACGAAUCAGGAGAGAGAACAGCUAUCUUUUCUAACGACCCAAAGGAGCCCAUCUUAGUGGAGGAAAGAGCUCGCUGGACGGAGACGUAUGUCCGCUGGUCACCUAAGGGAACGUACCUGGCCACAUUCCACCAGCGGGGAAUUGCGUUGUGGGGAGGGGAGAAAUUCAAACAAAUACAGAGAUUCAGUCAUCAAGGAGUGUCUCUAAUUGACUUCUCCCCCUGUGAGAGGUAUGUGGUAACGUUCAGUCCUCUGAUGGACACUAAAGAGGAUCCUCAGGCCAUUAUCAUAUGGGACAUUCUGACCGGUCAGAAAAAACGAGGAUUUCACUGUGAGAGCUCUGCACACUGGCCUAUCUUUAAGUGGAGUCAGGACGGGAAGUUCUUUGCUAGAAUGACACAGGACACGUUAAGCAUCUACGAAACCCCGUCAAUGGGACUUUUGGACAAGAAAAGUUUGAAAAUCAGUGGAAUAAAGGAUUUUUCAUGGUCGCCGGGAGAUAACAUCAUUGCCUUUUGGGUUCCGGAGGACAAGGACAUUCCGGCGAGAGUUACCCUCAUGCAGUUUCCGUCUCGACAGGAGAUCCGUGUUCGGAAUCUCUUCAAUGUGGUCGACUGCAAACUGCAUUGGCAGCGACAGGGAGACUAUCUGUGUGUGAAGGUGGACAGAACGCCAAAGGGAACACAGGGUGUUGUCACUAACUUUGAAAUCUUCCGGAUGAGGGAAAAACAAGUUCCUGUCGAUGUGGUGGAAAUGAAAGAAAGCAUAAUAGCGUUUGCGUGGGAGCCCAACGGUAGUAAAUUUGCAGUGUUACAUGGAGAAUCUCCCAGAAUAAAUGCAUCAUUCUACCACGUCAAAAACAACGGCAAAAUCGAACUCAUCAAGAUGUUUGAUAAGCAGCAGGCCAACAGCAUCUUCUGGAGUCCACAGGGCCAGUUCAUGGUACUGGCUGGUUUGAGAAGUAUGAAUGGCGCGUUGGCGUUUGUGGACACGUCGGACUGUACCAUGAUGAACAUUGCAGAGCAUUACAUGGCCUCCGACGUGGAGUGGGACCCCACGGGACGUUACGUGGUGACGUCCGUCUCCUGGUGGAGCCAUAAGGUGGACAAUGCCUAUUGGCUGUGGACGUUCCAAGGGCGUCUCCUGCAGAAGAACAAUAAGGAUCGUUUCUGCCAGCUGCUGUGGAGACCAAGACCCCCUACCCUGCUCAGUCAGGAGCAAAUCAAGAUGAUCAAGAAGGAUCUGAAGAAGUAUUCCAAGAUCUUCGAGCAGAAGGAUCGACUCAGCCAGUCUAAGGCCUCCAAGGAGUUGGUUGAUAAGCGACGUCUCAUGAUGGAAGAGUACAGACAGUACAGAGACAAAGCCAUGCAAACCUACAAUCAGCAAAGAGAACUACGCCUGCAACUGCGAGGGGGUGUGGACACUGAUGAACUGGACAGUAAUGUAGAGGACUGGGAAGAGGAGACUAUAGAGUUCUUUAUCAAUGAAGAAAUCAUUCCCUUUGGAGACCUGGAGUAAGCCUAUGGACAAAACCAGUUCACCAGUGCCCCAGAGCCCUGUUAAAUCCAACGUUUAAUUAUCGGUAGUGUUUCGUGGGCCGUAGGAAACACCCACGUUAAACUCUCUGUUAAGUGUCAUAAUGCUUGUCAUAAUGUAAUACACUAAUUUGCAUGUCUUUAUGU